GCAGUAACGCCGUUUUGAACUGUAGAGGGCGCCUCUUCCGUUCUUGGCCGGAAACAACAAUACCUGAAGUAUGUUUCUAUGAAAAACAUUAGUAGCAUAGCUGCACGAUUUAGACCGGGGCGAUUUUAUUUUGUUUAUUUACAAUUUUGUUUAGCUUUUAACGUACCUUUCCCCACCUCGUGGCGAUAGGAGAAUGGGAAGUGUGACGUCACUUGUGUUUAUUUGACUACAGCUGUUAGCAUUAGCUGCCGUUAUCAGCAGCUCUGACAGGACGUCGACCUGCUAAAGCUAAAAACAACAACAAUAACAACAACAACAAACCCAUAACAAAGGCUACCGGAGGACCUGCGUCUUCUUAUGGUUUUUGUUGAUUUUUAACUCACAUGUGAGAGGCUCAAAGUUCAUUUGAGAGCUGACGCUCAUUUGUCCACCAGGGGGAUGGGGAACCAACUGGCCGGCAUCGCCCCGUCUCAGAUCCUGUCUGUGGACAGUUACUUCUCUGAUAUCAAUGACCAUGAGUACGAUAAAAGUCUGGGCAGCACUCGCUUCUUCAAGGUGGCCCGGGCCAAACACCGGGAGGGACUGGUGGUGGUCAAAGUCUUUGCCAUCCAGGACCCCUCGCUGCCGCUGACCAGCUACAAACAGGAGCUGGAAGAGCUGAAGAUCCGGCUGCACUCCUGCCAGAACUGUCUGCCUUUCCAAAAGACCUCCCUGACCGAGAAGGCUGCCAUCUUGUUCCGACAGUAUGUUCGCGAUAACCUGUACGACCGCAUCAGCACACGCCCGUUUUUAAACAACGUGGAGAAGCGCUGGCUGGCCUUCCAGAUCCUCAACGCUGUCGACCAGGCCCACAAAUCGGGAGUUCGCCAUGGGGAUAUUAAAACUGAGAACGUGAUGGUGACCAGCUGGAACUGGGUUCUGCUCACAGACUUUGCCAGCUUCAAACCCACCUACCUGCCAGAGGACAACCCUGCUGACUUCAACUACUUCUUUGACACAUCCAGACGGAGAACCUGCUACAUCGCACCAGAGCGCUUUGUCGAUGGAAGUAUGUUCACCACGGAGAGUGACCAGAACACGCCACUGGUGGACCUGACCAACAACAACCAGAGGAGCAGAGGAGAACUCAAACAGGCCAUGGACAUCUUCUCUGCAGGCUGCGUGAUCGCAGAGCUCUUUGCCGAAGGCGUCCCCCUCUUUGACCUGUCACAGCUGCUCGCUUAUCGCAAAGGUCACUUUCAGACUGAGGAGUUUCUACUGAAGAUUGAAGACUGCAGCAUCAGAGAACUGGUGGCUCAGAUGGUGCAGCGGGAGCCGGAGAAGCGUCUGACAGCAGAGGAAUACCUGAAGCAGCAGCGAGGAAAAGCCUUCCCCGACAUCUUCUACACCUUCCUGCAGCCAUACAUGGCCCAGUUCGCCAAGGAGACCUUCCAGUCGGCUGACGAGAGAGUGCUGGUCAUCCGUAAAGACCUGGACAACAUCCUGCACAAUCUUCGAGGAGGUCCAGGUUCCCCUUCCUCCCCCUUGUCCUCGUCCCAGGACGUCUGUGCUGAAGCUUCUCUGAGCUCCAAGGAGGAGCAGGGCCUGAUGGUGCUGGUGUCCGUCAUCACUUCCUGUCUGCAGACGCUCCACUCCUGUGACUCCAAACUGGCCUCACUGGAGUUGGUCCUUCACCUGGCCCCUCGGCUCAGUGUGGACAUCCUGCUGGACCGCAUCAGUCCGUACCUGCUGCAUUUCUGCAACGACUCUGUGCCACGUGUCCGCGCUCAGGCCGUCAGGACUCUGGCCAAAGUGCUGGCUCUGGUGAAGGAGGUGCCGAGAAACGACGUCAACAUUUACCCAGAGUACAUCUUGCCAGGAAUUGCACAUCUGGCCCAGGACGACGCCACCAUCGUCAGGCUGGCGUACGCAGAGAACAUCGCUCAUCUGGCAGAGAGCGCUCUGCGCUUCCUGGAGCUGGUUCAGGAGAACAACAUAAAUGCAGAGCAGGAGCUGAGCAGUGAGGACGCAGAGGAAACUCUUCACCCCAAUGAAAACUACGAUUCAGAGCUCCAGGCCCUUCAUGAGAUGGUCCAGCAGAAGGUGGUGACGCUGCUGAGCGACUCGGAGAACAUCGUGAAGCAGUCCCUGAUGGAGAACGGCAUCACGCGCCUCUGCGUCUUCUUCGGCCGACAGAAGGCAAACGACGUCCUGCUGUCCCACAUGAUCACCUUCCUCAACGACAAGAACGACUGGCACCUGCGGGGGGCGUUCUUCGACAGCAUCGUGGGUGUGGCGGCGUACGUGGGUUGGCAGAGCUCGUCCAUCCUGAAGCCGCUGCUGCAGCAAGGUCUGAGCGACACCGAGGAGUUUGUCAUCUACAAAGCCCUGAACGCACUCACCUGCAUGUGUCAGCUGGGCCUGCUGCAGAAGCCGCACAUCUACGAGUUUGUCAGCGACAUCGCUCCGUUCUUGUGUCAUCCCAACCUGUGGAUCCGUUAUGGAGCCGUGGGUUUCAUCACCGUGGUCGCUCAGCACCUCAACGUGGCCGACGUCUACUGCAAACUGAUGCCACACCUUAACCCGUUCAUCACCCAGCCCAUCAUCCAGAUCGAUAAGGAGCUGGUCCUGCUCAGCGUCCUGAAGGAGCCGGUGAGUCGCUCCAUCUUCGACUACGCACUUCGCUCAAAAGACAUCGGCAGCCUCUUCCGCCACCUGCUGCUGCGGCAGAAGAAACGUGCUGGAUCUAUCCCAGAAUGCCCCACUCCUGAAGAUCCAGCCAUUGCUCAGCUCCUGAAGAAGCUGCUCUCACAGGGGAUGACGGAGGCGGAGGAGGACAAGCUGCUGGCACUUAAAGACUUCAUGUUGAAAUCCAACAAGGCUAAAGCUAACAUGGGUGAGCAGAGCCACCUGGUGGAGGCAGGGCAAACCGGUGUCAUCGACCUAGCAACGCUAGGCAUCAGCGGCCGCCAAGUGGACCUGGUCAAACCGAAGACAGAGUUAGAGGACAAGAGAGCCAGAAAACACACCAAACAAGACUCCACCAUGAACGAGGAGUGGAAGAGCAUGUUUGGAUCUCAGGAGCCGUCGUCGGCUCAACCUGCCGCGCAGGCAGCUGACGUAGCGGGCGGUCAGGUCAAGAAGAGCGCAACCACACCAGCGGUGCCAGUGCUGCAGUCCGUCAUCAGUGGCCCCGCCUACCAGCGUCGCAUCAACACCUGCAAGGUGGAGCUUCAGCAGCUGGUGCAGCAGAAAAGGGAGCAGUGCAGCGCCGAGCGCAUGGCCAAGCAGAUGAUGGAGAGCGCAGAAUGGGAGAGCCGCCCGCCGCCGCCUGGGUGGCACCCUAAAGGUCUGCUGGUGGCUCACCUGCACGAACACAAGGCGGCCGUCAACCGGAUCCGAGUGUCAGACGAACACGCCAUCUUCGCCACGGCGUCAAAUGACGGUACCGUCAAAGUCUGGGACAGUCAGAAGAUGGAGGGCAAGACCACCACCACCAGGUCAGUGCUGACGUAUUCACGCAUCGGUGGUCACGUGAAGACGAUGACGUUCUGUCAGGGCUCGCAUUAUCUGGCUGUGGCCUCAGACAACGGCGCCAUCCAGCUGCUGGCUGUGGAAGCCAACAAGCCACCGAAGUCUCCCAAAGUCCAGCCUUUCCAGAGCAGGAGUCUGGACCUCCAGCUGGACGGUUGUGCUGUGGACAUCAAUCACUUUAACUCCGGGGCUCAGUCCGUCUUGGCCUACGCCACAGUGAACGGCUCUCUGAUUGGCUGGGACCUCCGCUCCAACUCCAACGCCUGGACGCUGCGUCACGACCUGCGUCUGGGCCUCAUCACGUCCUUCAGCGUGGACAUGCACCAGUGCUGGCUGUGUCUGGGCACCAGCAGCGGCACCAUGGCAUGCUGGGAUAUGAGGUUCCAGCUCCCCAUUUCAAACCACUCCCACCCUGCACGAGCGCGAAUCAGACGGCUGCUCAUGCACCCGCUCUACCAGUCAUCAGUGAUCGCAGCUGUUCAAGGAAACAACGAGGUGUCCAUGUGGGACAUGGAGACAGGAGACCGGAAGUUUACUCUGUGGGCCAGUUCUGCUCCUCCUCUGUCUGAGAUGCAGCCUUCUCCUCACAGUGUGCAUGGGAUUUACUGCAGUCCUGCAGAUGGGAAUCCUCUGCUGCUAACAGCUGGCUCUGACAUGAGGAUCAGGUUCUGGGAUUUGGCCUAUCCUGAGCGCUCAUAUAUCGUAGCAGGCGGCGCUAACGACUCGCUGCACUGUCCGUCCGUUCUGUACAGCAGGAAGAUCAUCGAAGGCACAGAAGUGGUUCAGGAGAUUCACAGUAAACAGAAGAGUGGUGUGGUGGAGGACUCGCCGCGUCGCGGCCCAGAAUCGCUGCCUGUGGGGCAUCAUGACAUCAUCACCGACAUCGCCACGUUUCAGACGACGCAGGGUUUUAUCGUCACAUCAUCCAGAGAUGGAAUCGUCAAAGUAUGGAAGUGAGGAGGAAAACUCGUCGUUGUCAGUGCUGCCCCCUGCUGACAGCCCAGCCCCUUGUCUCUAUGGGAAACCUCAUCAGUCAUUGCUUUAUAAUAACGGUAAAAAAAAACGUGUCGGCAAUUAAUGAGAACUUUUAGACGACUUUAAAUUGUGAUCUACGACUCACAUGACCUCUGAUGACAUCAUCACUACUUUGAUGAUACCAACCUGAUCUGUGUUUCAACAAUUGUUUUUUGUAUUUGUUUUUUAUUUAAAGCUGUUUAAAAGUCUGAGCUUCAAUAAUAUAAGUGUCAACAUUUCUGUUUGU